AUGGAGCUAAAUGAUAAUCCAAACUCAAACAACAUACCUUUUAAUACUUGCAUUGAAUUACCUCCCCAGGUAAACUCCCAAGGCUUUUGGAAAAAGCAAAAGCCAGAUUCUGAUGGGUUGCUUAAAAAUUCAUUGCCGGAGCUGGAAUUGCAGAUGGUCAUGGUAUUCUGCUUGUCCCAUACUUUCCAUUUCGUCUUCAAGCGUUUUGGAAUCCCCAAGCUAUCUUCUGAUAUUCUGACUGGUUUGGUUCUGGGAUAUGCAUUAAUGGACGAACAUGGAAACCCUAGAGACGAGACUCUAUUCACUCCAACGGGUCAACAAAUCCUUGCAACUUUAUCAAUGUGUGGUUUUGCUCUAUUCCUUUUCACGACUGGUGUAAAGAUGAACAUUGGAAUGGUUACAAAGUCAGGAACAAAGACCGUGACCAUUGGUGUGGCUACACUUUUCGUCCCAUUUUUGUGUGGAUUAAUAACCAAAGAAGUGAUAGCCAGAAACCUAUCCCUUUCAGAUAAAAAUAAACUCUCAUUUGUUUUCAUAACACAAUGCCUUGUCCCUUUUCCUGUCAUUUCUAGUCUCGUAUCAGAUCUCAAUCUUCUCAACUCAGAAAUUGGCCGGUUGUCUAUGUCUUCGGCCAUGGUCAGUGACGCCAUCAGUUUCUUCCUCACAGCUGCUUUUCUCAUAAUUAGAGUUUCAAUGGAUUCUUUAAGAGCAGCCAUUAUAGAUGCCGUAGCAACAACCGCAUUCAUUGUAGUUUCUGCUUUCGUAAUUAGGCCUAUAAUGUUUUUCAUCAUUGAAAAAACACCUGAAGGAAGGCCUGUGAAAGACAUCUAUGUGUACACCAUUAUUGCCUUGGCUUUACUCUCUUGCCUUAUUUCAGACGUACUUGAUCAACAAAUUUUCAUGGGGCCUUAUCUCUUGGGAUUAUUGGCUAUACCAGAUGGACCCCCAUUAGGCUCUGCCAUUGUUGCUAAGCUUGAUUGCUUUGUCACAGGAGUAUUCGUGCCUCUUUUUGUCAGCACAUCGGUCUUGAGAGUGGAUUUGAGAAAAUUUGUGUUCGAUAAUCUCACGGCAACUAACGCAAUCCUUGUUAUGGUCACUAACAUAGCCAAAUUCGUUGCCUGCUAUAUAGCUUGCUUUAUCUAUGAUAUGCCAACGCUCGACUCUUGGGUGCUAUCUUUCAUUAUGAGUACUCAAGGCAAUGUUCAAAUAGGUCUCUACACCUCAUUCAGAGAUAUUGAUGUAAGCAUAUACUUCACUUCUUCACUAUUUACUUUCAUAUUUGACAAACACUUUGAUAUUUUUACUAACAAUUGUUAUCAAAUGCAGGGUAUAUCUGAAUCGGUUUACAAUUUACUUGUAAUAAGUAUCUUAUGUUUAGCAACAAUAGUACCACUUUCGGUGAAAUUUCUCUACGAUCCAUCGAGAAAAUAUGCAGGCUACCAGAAAAGGAACAUCAUGCAUUUGAAAUCAGAUUCGGAGCUUCGAAUACUAGUCUGCAUCCACAGGCCUGAUGACAUUCCUGCCAUGAUUAAUCUGCUUGAUGCUUCAUGCCCAACUAAAGAAGCUCCCAUUGGUGUUUAUGUUCUUCACUUAAUUGAGCUUAUAGGCAGAGCUUCCCCAAUCUUUAUCUCCCACCAAGUUCAAAAGAAGGCCCUCUCACAAGUUUCAUACUCUCAUAAUGUAAUCCUUUCUUUUAAGCUCUUUGAGAAUAGCAACUGGGAUGCUGUAGAAGUAAAUGUGUUCACAGCAGUUUCUCCUCGGAAGUUAAUGCAUGAGGACAUUUGCAUUAUGGCCUUAGACAAGCUCACCUCCCUUAUGAUCUUACCCUUUCAUCGAAAAUGGUCACCGGAUGGACAUGUUGAAUUGGAUGAUGGCAUGUUGAGGGCCUUGAACAACAGCGUGCUCCAAAGGGCACCAUGUUCUGUUGGGAUUCUCGUGACCAGGGCAAACUCAGGACGAACAGGAUCCUUGCUUUCAGCACAAGAUGCUUACAGGUACUCAGUUGCUAUGGUGUUCUUGGGUGGCAAAGACGAUAGGGAGGCGUUAACUUAUGCGAAGCGCAUGGUGAGAGUGUCAAGCGUUAGGCUUACGGUGAUCCAUCUUAUUGCCCCGGAUGAGGAAGAAGUUGGUGAGGAGAAGAAGUGGGGUAUCGUUCUGGAUGCUGAGUUGUUGAAAGAUGUUAAAUACAAAAAUUUGAAUUCAACCCAAUACAUUGAGUACGUGCAGGAGGUUGUGAAUGAUGGGACUCAAAUGGCUUCUGUUGUUAGAGGUUUGGUUGAUGAGUUUGAUCUUGUCAUAACUGGGAGAUGUCACAGCAGAGGCAGCCGCCAAAUUUCAGGUCUUGACAUUGGCUGGACUGAGUUUCCGGAGCUAGGAAUCAUAGGAGACUUGCUUGCCUCCAUGGAUAUUCAUGGCAAAGCUUCUGUACUGGUGAUUCAGCAACAAGAAAUAGAAAAUGAUUAACAAGUUUAUGAAUCUAUUCUUUUAGUUCUCAUUGCUUAGACCAUUUGGUCUUGCUCUGUUGCUUCUUCACAUUUAGGCCUAAAGCUCUCUAGUGUCUACAUCUUUCCCAAUUGUAAGAGAUAACACUGUAAUUUAGUGCAAUAUGCAUGUUUCUCUGUAGAACGAUAAACUAGUUAUUAUGCUAACAUACAGAUUAAGAUUCUCCACAAUUUGUAUAUUUCUACAUAAAACAGAAUGCCCUGUACGCAAGCUACGCAUAUUUUAUAAUGCGAAUGGUCUGCAUUAAUGUCAACAAGUGAGAA